AACUCUUAAUAUGUCCAAUUUUUUAUUUAUCAGAAAAAGUGUUUGGCUCAUCUUGAACACUUGGCUAAAACAAACACAAACAGAGGAAACAAAGUUCAGAAACGUCUCUGUAGCAGCAAUAUUCAGGCUACUUGGGCGACUUGGCCAACAUGGCCUUAAGGAGAACGUGGCAGCAUCAGUGGAGGAUCUGGUGAAAAGCAUAACUGAGUUCAGGGGACAAAAAGAUUUGCCGUGGGAGCUGCAGCUCACAGUGGUUUAUGCCACUCAUGAUCUGGCACCCAGCAGCUCCAAAGUCGCUCUGAACGCUUUAGAAUCAUGGAAGAAAGACCUCACAAAGCCGUUCCUCCAGCCGUCCCCAAGUGCCUGA